AAAUCUAUUUUUAUGCAUAGGUAAAAUAAUAAUAAGUAUGAAAAGUAUGGAAUAUCUUCUCAUCGUAUUCAUCUUGGGUUCCAUCUUACCAGCUCAUGCAACAUUAAAUGAUACAUGUCCUACAAAAACAAAUACAGACUGUCAAGUAUUUCCAACAACUCGCACCUAUGCCUGCUCGAUAUAUAUUGGCAACCAGUUGUCAUAUAACAAAGAAAAAAUUGAUCAAUACAAUGAAGACUUACAAUCUGCAAUUAACCUGAUACGAGUUGUCCUUGGCAACAGCACAUGCGCAGACUUGCUGUUCUCCCUAAUGUGUUCACAUUUGCAUCCAAAAUGUCAAAACAUACCACUACUAUGGACGGAUGUUAACAAGACAAAACCACAACCUCAAAAAAUAUGCGCUGAAACGUGCAGGCAUUUGCACUAUGGUGUAUGCAAGAAUGAUCUCAAUCAAUUUGGUGAAAUGGUUAGGCAGUUUGCAAGUAUCACUAUAAGUGCAGAGGUGAAAUCGCUGUUGACAGAGUUGCUUAUUUACAGAUGUAACGACACGAAUGUUUUUCCAACAACGUUAUCCAAUCCUGCUCCGGAAUGUCUUCUCAUCACAGAUCGCAAUGAAUUUCAGAAGAAUGAUACAUGUGAUGGGAAUGGUUUUGAUUAUGCUGGGAAUAUAAAUAAAACAAAAUUUAAUCAAACUUGUCUGCCGUGGUCGUCCGCAUGUCUCAAACAGUACAGUCUGCUAGAUAUCUCCGGUUUAAACGAAAACGAGAAUUUUUGUCGGAAUCCAUCUGGUUACAAGGAAAUUCCAUGGUGCUAUAUUUCACCUAAUGGAACAGAAUGGCAGUAUUGCGAUGUACCAAAAUGCCCAGUGAUCAAUGGAAAUUAUUCACAAUGGUCGGAUUUUGGUGCCUGUAUUGGCAAAUGUGGAAGUGAACGUUACAAAUCCCGCUUUCGCACAUGCUCAUCACCCGAACCAAAGUAUGGAGGGAACAACUGUUCCUUAUUGGGACCAAGCGACGAAAGGCUUUCAUGUGGAAUUUUGGAAUGUAAAGUAAAUUCAGACAGCCCUGUGACAUAUGUGGCGUAUGGUAUAGCAGCUGGUGUUGUUGUGAUUACUGGUAUCAUCUUGGCAAUUUUUAUAUACCGAAAAAAACCUAAAAACAUUAUAGCGUAUGACCAGACAGUCUUGAACCCAGAGACUAUAGAUAUCUUGAUAAAGCGAACAGAAGAAGACAGUAUGCUAGUUCAACAAAUUUACGAACAUUUGAAACUUUUUCGUCAUUGUCUUUGUUCAAAUUGCAUCAAAGACUGGUUGAUUAGUUUGCUGCAUGAUUCAAUGGCAAGUUCCCCUGUUGAUAUUCCAUCAAAUAUCAGUACAAUGAUGCAACGCUUAGAAGAAUAUCAGUCUAAAUAUAAUAACUUGCCUGAUGUGCUCAAUAAUUGCCACAAUGAGAAAAGUCACAACUACAGGGAUGAUCACGAAAAUUGUUUCUAUGAGAAUGUGGUGAAAGAAUGGGUACAAGAAUGUGUACAGUAUUCGAAAUUGGGACCUAUGAAAGAUGGUGAAAGCGAUGAUAACUCCCAGAGAGCAUUGGCUGGGGCAUUUAUGUUGAAAGGAGAUAAAAUUGUUCCGGUCUAUGAUACACUUCUCAGUUCACGAAAAAAUGUGGAAGGUGAUAAUGUAUGAGAAAUGCAGAUGCCUGUUUCAAUGAUCAAACAUUCUAUUUCACAUCGAUUAGAUUUUAUUGUUCGGAACAGAAAUACUGUAAUUAUCGUUCGAAGUCUAGAGGAGCUGUAUUUGGAGGAUGUGGAAAAACAAUUUUAUUGUUUAUGACGAGGCAAAAAUUCAACACGAUUACAUAUUUAUAUACAUAUGGACAUUAAACAUUGACUGCAAUACAGCAAUGAAUCACAUGAUAAGCAGAUAUUGCAUGCCCAUUCGUUGAAUAUCAAGACUGAUCCACUCGAGGUGAGCAAAAUUCCACUCGGCUGAGCAAUGUGGAAUGUUGCUCACCUCGAGUGGAUAAACUUGAUAUUCAGCGUACGGGCAUGCAAUAUAUGCUUUAUUAUAUACUUAACAACUUUUUUUCUUUGAUGUGACUUCUUAUUUUUUUGACCGAACGUAAACAGAAAAAUUUUAAUUUGAUGACUCGAACGUUUUACGGAAGUCAUUGCAUUGCAAAUUGAAAAUACCAAAACAAUCGUGGAAUAUCGCGUCAGUUAUUGCAUGGUUUUACGGAACAUUUAGAUUUAUUGUAUAUAAAAAAGAGUUGACAGGUAUAUAAUAAAUGUAAUUAUUUUAUAACGCAAGUGUUAAAAUAUCCCAGUGAGACAUUAUCAAAAAUAAAUACUGUUUUAUAUAACGGACAAUAGGAACCCUGCCACCGCUAAAGUUUUUAUGACUUGAACUGAGUAAGCACGAACAGCACUGCAGUACGCUCUGAGAAGAACGAAAAAACCGAUAGGGUAAAGAAACAAAAAGAGGGUCAAAAUUUCAUAACGAUAAUUAAAACUUAAAAACAUAAAAAUUUAAUAAAGCCAGAAAAUUUAACGAUCUCAGGAAAGCUUCUAAUUUUAAAUGUUGUUGCAGAGUAUUUUAAUGUUACGGAAACAUAUAAUCCUUUCUUUUUCGCUGGUUCUUUUUCUACGCAAAAGACAUCUCGCACGUUUUUUCUGUUCCACGUACCGUAUAUCCUCGAAUAAACGCCUGAAUUACUUAUUUAAUUUUUCAGCUUUUGAGGCAUCUUUUGGAGAAACGCGUUUAAAAGAGGAAGGCGCUAAUUAAAAAAUUGCAGCUCAUCAUUUAUACAAGUUUUAAGUUUACAAGGAGAAAAGAAAAUGAGGAAACUAAUUUAGUCGAUAACUCCAAUCGGAGUUAUCAAUUUUAUUAUACUAUUUUUAAAAGCCAAUUUUAUAAAAACCACGGUCAUUUGAAAGCGAAAGUUAAAGAAAUUAAUCACCCAAACAACAUGAGCGAGAAUGAACACUUGUCAUUUGUUUUAUUUUAUGUAAUAUUUCUCUAUUUAACGACUAGGGGGGUGUUUAUUAGGGGGGGGCGUUGAUAAGAGGGGCGUUUAAUAAAUAUUUUGGUUUGCAAGGGUGUGUUUAUUAAAGGGGGCGUUUACACAAAGGAGGCUUCAUUAGAGGAUUUAACGGCAAGCACUUUAUAAUAGUUGACUCUCCAUUAUUAGAAUCUUCUUAUAUUAAUCAUGAUCCAUUUUAAUUCGCCAUUAUAUGUCUACUGAAUUUUGACCGAUUUAAUAAUUUGAUCUGUUUUAUCAAUGCAUCUCCAAUUAUCAUUUAAACAGGGAAAAGUACGCAAAAAGGAAAGCAUGGCAAGGUUUUCUUAACAAUGAUGGCUGGCGGUAACGUGAAUAAAGAAGUUUUUUCGUCGACAAUCUGUUUCUUCAAAAUGUAUCCAAAAAUUGCAUUCUAUUACACAUAAAAUAAAAUUCAAAUUCGAGGAAUUAAAUAAAAAUAGAGCGAUACGUGAUCAAAUUUGAAAAACAAAAUAAUCAAAUAGCAGCUUUCCAACUCUAUGUUGGCCUGGACGAGCAUGUGGGCAGUUGCACUGGGGCAGAAAGAUCUCUAGUCAGCCGAACAGACAUAAAAAUACUUGUCUCCCAAAUGUUUUCACUUCUGAGAAUGCUAGCUAAUGUAAAAUCUCAUUUUCCAGGUUAUUGGAAAUUCUGACGUGGUAAUUAGCGGAAAUCUUAAAGCCGCAGGGAUUCUAGUCAAAUUAUUUUUUUAAUUCAAAUCCACAAUCGUGCAACCAUCCAAAAUUUAUAUUGUUUCUCCAUAUAAAGCUGUUUACUAUAUAUUUAUAAAUUUUUGGGACCACAUGUAGAUGUCAACGUUAAAUGAGCUAAUUUAAAGAGAGACUUGUAACUCAUGAAUUAUGAAUUCUUAAUAAGCAA